UAAUAUAAUUUCAAACCGAACUAACCACGCAAACCCUGAAACCUCUCUUGUAAUCUUUGCAAUGCCGAUAAUCCCACUCCUCAUCCUAUUCUUGCUCUUUCCCACAUCCCUGUCCAUGGAAUCCCAGAGAUACACUGGUAAUCCGCGCUUAUUUUCAGGUCAAGAGCCAUCUAGAAGUUCUGGACACAGGCUUUCGAAACCUCUGGUUGGUGAAGAUGGGAGGAUUUAUGCUUGUUCUGAGAAAGAUUUAUUUGCAUUUGAAAGUAAUGGUACCAUUGCAUGGACCAUACAUUUAGACUAUACAUGUAAUGCUGCUAUGGCUCCUGUUCAGGGUGGUCUAGGAAAGAUAUAUUUGGUUGCAGAAAACAGAGUACUGGAGAUCAACUCUUUUAAUAUUGGCUCAUCCAAACCUGCUGCAGAAGUUUUCUUUGGUCCAGUGCCAGGUCAAGAGGAACUAAUUGAAAUUAUUGGGCUCUCAGUAAGCACACUUAGUUCAUCUGUAUUUAUCAAUAUUAAGAAUCGAGGGCUCUUUGCAUAUACGACACGUGGACAACUGCUCUGGAGUGUUGGACCUGUGAUUUAUCGAUCUGGCUACCAACUAGGUUGCAGGAAAAAUGUCACAGAUUGUUAUUUUACUUCUGUUCCUGUGAUUGAUCAAUGUGAAGCUAGUAUAUAUAUCUCAAAUACUGAAGGAGAAUUAUAUAGUUUGUCAGUUCGUAGCCCUUAUUUCAAAUGGAUCCAGGAUUUUAGUUCCCUCGACAAAUAUUUCACCGUCUCCCCCGGAAACAAUGGUCGUUUGUAUGUCACUGUACCAGCUAGGGCCCUUGUGCUGGCUCUAGAUGUCUCUAUGGGUACUGUUUUAUGGCAGAGAUCUAUUGGGCCAUUGAGUACUACAGAAUGUGCACCUGUUGUGGAUUCUAAUGGUUGGGUAUCUGUUGGUUCUUUGGAUGGGUUCCUAUACUCAUUUUCACCAACUGGGAUUCUUAAGAAAUUUUCGAAGGCAGAUACACUGAAUUGUGUGAUUCAAGUUACUCCACUGCUUGAUUGCUCAGGCUAUGCAAUUUAUUUUUCUCAGACAGAGAUGGAGGGAAAGAUUAGCCAAACAAUUGAUGAAUAUACUUAUGUCUCGGCAAUGAGACCAAAAACUGUAAUCUUCACUUUGUUGGUUCCAGCAACUGGGUUCACCUAUUGGUCAGAAAGAUAUCCUGAUCAAUUCUCAUCCUCCUUGUCUGAGAGUGAUCUGCGCCAAUUCGUACUGGAUGAGGGGAUCCUUCUUGCUUUUGUGGCUGCUUCAAAGACUGGCAACCCACUGCAAUGUCGUACCAAACGUCAGAAGUGUGCAUCUAGCUGCUCACAAGCAAAGCCCAAGUAUCUCAGCAUCUACACAGGUAAUGAAAGGGCAAUAAUACUCUUCCUGCUAUUUGAAUCUGCUGUGUUGGUCAUGCUAGCUGGACUUGUACGGUUCUGUUGUAUAUUUUGGAGGAAAAAGAAGGUUCAAGGCCAAGACCUUCGAAGUUUCCUAGAAAAGCGAGUAAGCUUGAAUCCUUAUAUUUUUGCUGAAAUAACACUAGAUAGUGGGGUAAGGGAGAUGUCUAUUGCUUCAUUGGCAAUUUACACUAGAGGGAGACAUAUCGUUCUCUUUACACUGCGCUCUCUCCAGCUCAAAAAGAAAGUAUUUGAUAGGACAAUUACAGAGCUUGAGCAGAAAGCAGCAGAGCAGGCAGUGGCCAAUGAAGUUUUUGAAAAAUUGGGGGAUAUGGUACGAGAAAGGGAAGGAAUAGAAAGGAAGUUGUCAACAACCUACAGUCUGGGCAGAGAUAGGGCUGGCUCACAGUCUAAAUCUAUGCUUCCAGUAUAUGAUGGGAAAACAAGGAGCUAUUCUUUCCUAGGUUCAAAGAAAGAAAGUGCGACAGUAUUUCACACGUUAAGUGAUACAUCUUCUGAAGAAAGUGGGAGUGAGAAAGAUACCCACUGGGGUUUUCAUGAAGAGGAGUUGGCAGCCAAGGCAAAAGCAAAGGCAAAGGCACCCAUUGAAGUUGAGAGUUCAAGUGAUGAUGGGAUCUAUGAAACAGACUAUCAGAGUAGUCCAUCGGAGACCACAUCAAGUUCAAGAGGAUUUAUCAAUCCAUUAAAUGGGGUGCAAGAGUCGGGGGAAGUGAAAUUGCAUGAUAAGGAAGUGAAAUCCAUGCAAACUGGUAGCAGAUUAAGUUUAAAAAGAAGAAGGGCCUUGUCAUCAACUAAUUAGAGACUUGAUAGGUGAUUCAUAUCUUGUAAUGCUAACCAUGCAGUUCUGCAAAUCUAUUCACUUGAUUGAAGUAGUCCAAAAAUCUGUUUAUUAUCUUGGUUCA